AUGAUAGGACUUUAUUGUGAUCGCUUCGUCCUCUCGAGAAACACAGUGUCGAAAUGAAGUUGAUUAUUCUGGCCACCUUCGUCGCUUGCGCCUUUGGCGCUCCUCACCGGAUGGUUUUACCCCGUUUGCCGGUUUCGGUGAUCCUCACGGGCAAAUUCCAGUUUGUCCCGGAGGACAAAAUCGUCGGCGGUGUGGAAGUCGUUCCCAACUCACUUCCGUUUGUGGUCUCGUUGCAGCGCAAGUUUUUGACUUUGUCUACGCAUGUGUGCGCUGGCACAAUUCUCGACGAAAAAACUAUUCUCACCGCUGCUCAUUGCCUUGACUACGAAAAUGCAACUAUAUUUCAAGUGGUGGCUGGAGCACAUAACUUGUCAAAUGUGAGUGAAUUGGAACAAAUUUCAAGUGUGGAUACGUAUUUAAUGCAUCCCGAUUACUCCCCGAUAACACUUGAAAAUGACAUCGCUCUCAUUUACUUGAGCGGACCACGCGACGUAUUAACCUUCAACGAAACAGUUCAACCGAUUAACCUGGCACUCACUGGAACUGAUGAUCCUGAACCUGGAUUGAGUGUGACCGUUGCUGGAUGGGGAACAACCAGUGCUAGCGGUGAUGGUUCUGACGUUCUGUUGAGCGUUAACAUUCCCGUCGUCUCCGACGAAGAAUGCAAUGCCGCAUAUGCCGGCGAAUACAACACCGAUCCCGUUAAACCAUCCAUGAUGUGCGCCGGUGGGGCUCCAGGUGGACUAGACGCGUGCCAGGGAGAUUCUGGUGGUCCUCUUUUCGUUCUCCCUGUCGACGGUAAUGUUACUAACGCCCAGCAACUUGGGAUUGUUUCAUGGGGGCGCGGCUGUGGUCUAGCUGAUUAUCCUGGUGUCUACACUCAAUUGUCUUACUACAUUGAGUGGAUCAACCAAAAUAUGGUACCGCCAGCAUAGGAAUCCAGGAGAGUGAAACCAGAAAUUUAAGCAUGUUAGCCUACGUCAAAUCCGCUUUUAAUUUUUGAAUCCAAAAGUUUAAUGCUGUUUCUUUUCAGUUUUGAAAUGUCAUAUUCUGGUGCUCCGUAUCCUCUCUGACAAUAUAAAACCGAUCUAGGCUACUAAG